GUACUGGUCACGGCGUGUGUUAUUUACUGCGAAGUGAACGGGCCUAUACAUAAUUCAGUUUCAGUUUAUUACGUUAAGUGAACGUUUCAAGAGAAAAAAACAUUAUUUGAUGCAAUGGAAGCUAAGGAGUUCAAGGAUUUCUCGUCGGCAAUGACGAACUACAUUGCCGAAUAUUUAGAAAACAUCCGCGACAGACAAGUGGUACCAUCAGUGAAGCCAGGUUACCUACGGCCAUUAGUUCCGGAGCAAGCACCAGAGAAGCCGGAGCCCUGGACAGCUGUGAUGGAUGACAUUGAGCGCGUGAUUAUGUCCGGGGUCACCCACUGGCACUCGCCUCGCUUCCACGCUUACUUCCCUACUGCUAACUCGUAUCCAGCUAUCGUUGCUGACAUGCUCAGCGGAGCUAUUGCGUGCAUUGGUUUCACUUGGAUUGCCAGCCCUGCUUGCACCGAACUGGAAGUUGUGAUGUUGGAUUGGCUGGGUCAGAUGCUCGGACUCCCCGAAGAAUUCCUGGCGCGGUCUGGCGGAGAAGCUGGCGGCGUGAUCCAAGGCACUGCCAGUGAAGCUACCCUAGUUGCACUUCUUGGCGCAAAGGCUCGUACAAUGCAAAGAGUUAAGGAACAACACCCUGAAUGGACUGAAGUUGAAAUUCUUUCGAAACUCGUGGGAUACUGUAAUAAGCAAGCCCAUUCGUCUGUUGAGCGCGCUGGACUUCUGGGUGGUGUAAGACUACGCAGUCUGAAGCCCGACAACAAACGUCGUCUACGAGGGGACACUCUCAAAGAGGCUAUAGAAGAGGAUGUUCGCAAUGGACUUAUACCUUUUUAUGUCGUCGCGACUCUGGGAACCACUUCUUCAUGCGCUUUCGACCUAUUAGAUGAGAUCGGUGACGUUUGCCAAGAAAAAGACAUUUGGUUACACGUUGAUGCCGCUUACGCUGGUUCAGCGUUCAUUUGUCCAGAAUACCGUUACCUGAUGAAGGGCGUGGAGAAGGCUGACUCGUUCAACUUUAAUCCACACAAAUGGAUGCUGGUUAAUUUCGACUGUUCCGCUAUGUGGCUGAAACAACCCAGAUGGAUAGUGGAUGCUUUUAACGUUGACCCACUAUACCUGAAACAUGAUCAACAAGGAUCCGCUCCUGAUUACCGCCACUGGCAAAUUCCCCUCGGCCGUCGUUUCCGCUCUCUUAAACUGUGGUUUGUCUUGAGGUUGUACGGCGUAGAGAAUCUCCAAAAGCAUAUUCGCAAACAGAUAGCCUUAGCUCACCUUUUCGAAAAACUCUGUCUCGAUGAUGAGCGAUUUGAAUUGUUCGAAGAAGUCACUAUGGGUCUAGUUUGCUAUCGACUGAAAGGCAGCAAUGACAUUAACGAGGCUCUAUUGAGGCGCAUUAAUGGCCGCGGUAAGAUUCAUCUUGUCCCAUCGAAAGUCGACGAUGUUUAUUUCCUGAGAUUGGCGAUCUGUUCCCGUUUCUCCGAGGAGAGCGACAUUCAUGAGUCUUGGCAAGAAAUUAAGGCUUCGGCUGAUGAAAUUCUUGCGGAAAAAUAGAUGAAUAUACAAAAUAUAGAACAACAGAUCAUUUAUGAAUAUCGAUAAUCGAAUGUAUUGUAUAACUCAUAUAUUACCUUUACUAAAGGUGUAUUAUGUCCUAUUAAUGAUUAUAUAUUUAGACGCCAAAAGUUCUUGAUAAAAUGAUAUAUCUUUAUCGCUUUUGGAGUAUUUCGAGAAUGGAGUCAUUAGGUACUAUAUAUAUAAAUAAUUCAAACGAUGUGUUUGAAUAUGUAGGUACAAAUAAAUUUUCAUUUUCUGUUAAAGUAAUGGAUACUCGAUUUACAUUUUUAAAAACUUAAAUGUUUAUUGUUUAUUCACAUUCGAGAUUGUAUAUUUUUAUGUAUUAAGCUUAUAUUUUUCAACUAAUUUUUAUACUUUAUUCGCAAAGCUUUCACAAAAAUUGUCUCGGUUGUGUACGCUAUGUUUAUAUGAGGCUAAAGUAAAUGGGUACCUAAUGGUCUCUCUUAAAUAAAUAUAAAGUGAUAACCGUGAAAAGUAAAGUAACGGUAUAAAAACAUGAAAUUAAGUAAUCUAAAAAAAUACCAACCCUAACUAAUGCAUCUUAUAUUGACAUCGCAAUAACAUUAUUGUGUAUAUGUAUUGUGUGUGCGUAUAAACGCGUGUUUGAAUUAUUAUUAUAAUAUAUUCUAGAUCUUAACCUUAUUGCUUUUGCCACAGUAAUCUGUGACCCUAUUUGACCUGUUUGAAUAUUAGCACAGCUGACUAAAUGGUUGAUGCUGCAUAUUUUUAUAUGACAACUUUAAUAUAACACGCAUUUCCCUAAAGGUGAUCUCAGAAAAAAAUGCGGAAGAAUCUUUAUUAUGAAUAAAGUAUUCAUUCUAUAUAAUAAAGAACUUUUUUGUUAUGAUGCCGAUGGAAGAUUAAGUAAUAACUAAUUUCAGCACGGCUUGCAUGCGCAGGAGACAAAUAUAUCCCCGGGAAAGAAAAAUUUAUCUUCUCUCACAGCUUCAUCAACUCUCAGAAAACACGCGCAUAAGUGGAAAUAAUAUUAUCCAAAUAAUAUAUGUGUAAUAAAAAACGGGGGUUAACUUCUCCUAUUCCAUGUUCCCGUGGUUUAGCGGGUGGACACGUUCAUUAUAUCCCUUGGGAUAUAAUUUUCUGCCCAUGCUAGCCCUGCAGGUAUACUGCGGUUUACAGAUGGGCUGAUCGGCCCUACCAACUAUCAUCGUGAGUAAUAUUUACCGCUAAUAUUUAUUUCUAGUAACUG